GUGAGUGUAGCUUCCAAAGAUAGAUGAAAUUUCAAAUAGUUCAUUAAUGGCAGCGAUUGAUAAAGUUAAAAUUAUCGUAGUAGGUGAUUCUGGCGUUGGUAAAACAUCUUUGACACAUUUGAUAUGCCAACAGCAACCUAUCAGCAAUCCCUCCUGGACGGUAGGUUGCUCGGUGGAAGUCAAAUUACAUGAAUAUAAAGAAGGAACGCCUAAUCAGAGACGAUAUUUUAUUGAAUUAUGGGAUGUUGGUGGCAGUCAGAAUCACAAAAACACGAGAUCUGUGUUUUAUAAUCCCACAAACGGCAUAAUACUAGUCCAUGACUUAACGAAUCGUAAAUCACAGCAGAACCUACAAAAGUGGCUGGAGGAGGUUUUAAAUAAAGAUGGAACUUUUUCUAGAUCCAAAUCAUUCGAUGACUUUGAUCCUGAAAAAUUUGUUGGCUCGACUCAUAUACCAAUUUUAGUGGUUGGCACAAAGCUUGACUUAAUCCCCGAGGUAAAAUCUAACGUACAUAGACGUUCGUCAACCAUCGCGGAGGAAUGUGGUGCCGACGAAAUAUUUUUGGAUUGCCGUCAGACAAGAUCAUUAGCGGCUGGCUCCAGUUCGUCCGUAAAGCUCAGCAGGUUCUUCGACAAGGUCAUUGAAAGACGCUACUACGCUUCUAGAGAAGGGAUCAAUUCUGACAAGUGGAGACCACCACUGUAUUCUUCCUCGGUUUACACGAAGUUCUAUCACAAUGAUUAACGCAACGUAUAACGUCUCGAAAGAAUAUACUUAUUCUGUGUAUUACAUAAGAUAACUCAGCUUUGUAAUGCGCAAUUGCACUACAAAACCACCGCAGAAUUGUGUAAAUCAGAUUUAUCGCAACCCGGACGACACAAAUGUCCAAGAUCGGGACACAGGACGUCUCUUGGAUAUCUUUAAGUUGUCUUUAAGAUAUCGUAAUAUAAGGCGUCUUCUUUGAGUCGUCUUUAAAACAUCUAAAAGAUAUCUUAUGUCAUGAUUUUGGACAUCAUUUGUGCUGUCCGGGAAGGUAAUGAUCACGCAUUUCUCUAUUCACACAUUCCUAAUCUUCCUACGGAAGUAUUUUAUUGGAUGUGCUCAAGAUAUGAUUGUGAAUACAAUAGUUAA